AUGAGUUCUGUAAAGAGAAAGUGUUUUACGAUUGAAGAAAAGAGUGCAAUAUUACACAGAUUAGAAGCUGGUGAAUCAAACGCGACCCUCGCAAAGGAAUUUGGCGUAUCUCAUUCUACAAUAUCAACAAUAAAGAAGAAUAAAUACAAGAUCGAGCCGUUAUUUAAUGCCAAUGUUUUAAAAUGCAAACGUGUAAGAACUUCUACUCAUGAGCAGUUGGAUAAGGCAUUGUUACAGUGGUUUAAGCUUCAGCGCGACCGGGGAAUACCUCUUAAUGGACCUCUGCUACAAGAGAAAGCAAAUUUGUUUGCUAGACAGUUAGACAUGCAAAAUUUCAUAUGUUCCAUGAGUUGGCUAAACCGUUUUAAAGUAAGACACAACAUCGUCAGUGGAAAGAUUGUUGGCGAGUCUUUGUCAGUACAACAGAGUGAUGUACACGAUGGGUUAGAAAAAGUUUGGCCUACUCUACGUGCUCAAUUUAGUGAUGAUGAAAUUUUUAAUGCAGAUGAGACCGGGUUGUUUUAUAAAUUAACCCUAGACAAGACGUUGAAAGUUAAAGGUGAAAAAUGUAAAGGAGAAAAAUUAUCAAAGGAGCGAAUAACAGUGAUGGUGGCAGCCAACAUGAGUGGCACAGCUAAAAAAAACUUCUCGUAA